GGAUAUCUUGGGCCACUGGCGUAGAAACGGAUGGAACUUUGUAUUGUUAGAAAUGCCCAGAAUAACAUGAAUGCUAUAUGGAAUAAUAGUGAAGGCCUCUUUAACUUUCAAGAAUGAAGAUACCGGGCGCAGUUGCCGUAGUAACAGGCGGUUCUCGUGGGUUUGGUCGAGCAUUCUCUGUUGAGUUGCUGAAACGAGGCGCUAGGGUGUGUGUUGCGGACAUCAAUGAGACGGAGGGCCGUCAGGCGGAGGCGGCACUGCAGCGACAAUACGGGGCGGACAAGGCGCUCUUUGUUAAAUGUGACGUUAGCAAGGAAAACGACAUGAAAGUCCUAUUGGUGUUUUUCUUUUGGUGUCAGAUGGGAGCCAUGCGGGGCUCGAUGAUGGCGUUCGAACACAUGCGGAAGGACCGGGGAGGGAAGGGCGGAGUCAUCAUCAACGUCGCUUCCACCGGAGUGUUGUUCCCCGUGUUCUUCAUACCCACGUAUGCGGCCUCCAAGUACGCCCUCGUCGGAUUUACCCGCAGCUGGGCCGUGAGUUAUCGUUCCAUUAUACAAAAAACUCGAACCCGUGCCAGGCGAGGUUUGGUUGUGAGCUGGGCGGUCCUGUGCCACGCCUUCUCCGACACGAGCAUGCUGUCUUUGGCCCUAGACGGCCCCGACCCGCCCCUCGUCGCCUACCAAGAGAACAAGGAGCAGGUUGUCGCAACAGUCAAGAAAAUAGGCGUCAACAGCUUGGAUGACGUGUCCCGUGCGUUCGCUGAGCUGGUAGAGAAAGACGAUAACAACGGUGCCGUCGUCAUAGUCGAGAAGAACAUGGGCGGAGCCGUCUAA